GAGAGAUGUCUACCGUUGAGGAGCAAAAAGGGGAACAACUAGCCGAUAUUACUGAAGACGAUGACACAGAAGAAUAUGAGAACCAAGAUAGGUGGAGUGACGAGCAAGUAUGAGGAUCUUCAGAUGGAGGACAAGAAAUAGAUCCAGAAUUGAUUGCUUUAUCUCAAGAAAUAAUGGAAAGCAUUGGGAGACCAAUGGGGGUACUAUGAAAAUAAAAGCAAUUAUGAGCCAAUAAGUAUGUCUCCUGAAGAUGCCAGUGAACUUCUCAGUUACAAAACCAAUAUCAUGAUUCUUACCGGUGCUGGUCUCUCUGCUGCCAGCAGUAUCCCCACUUUCAGAGGCAAUGAUGGACUUUGGACUAAGAAAUACAAACACUGUGAGACGCCUGAGGAACUCGCCACUCUGAAGUUCUUCAAAGCACAUCCUGAAGUGAAGUGGCAGUGAAUCCACGACUUCUACGAGCUGUGCAAGAAUGCUGAGCCUAACGCUGGUCACAAAGCCAUUGUGCAGUUCCAAGAAUACUGCAAGCUCAAUGGAAAGCAGUGCCACUUGGUCACCCAGAACAUUGACGACCUGCAUGCCAGGCUGAUUCGAGAGUCAGAGAUCCUGAAGCCUACAGUGACAAGCGAAGGAGAACCUGGGUUCGGAUUUACAGACUCUGUGUACGAAAUCCAUGGCAACCUGAGUUACUCAAGGUGUUCCCAAGAGUGCUCAAAAGCAUUGAAGCCAGUACAGGUUCCUGACAAAGAGCUGAGUCUGGAAGACCAAAUACCGAAAUGUGAAGAGUGCAAGAGCAUAAUGAGACCUCAUGUGUUGUGGUUUGAUGAAUGAUACACUCAAGAACUACACAAAGUUCAGACUGUCAAAAAUAUCAUCAACAGCAAAGUUGAUGCCUUGAUUAUUGUAGGAACUGCUCUUGCUACCACCAUGGCGAACAGACUUGUUAACGAGUGCUUAAGUCGAAAAAUUCUAACUAUCAAUAUGAAUCUUGAACCCUGUUGUGACUUCGGUCCUGUAGUAGAAAUCUUAGGAAAAUCUGAAGAAACAUUACCAAAAUUAUUCCAACCUUUCAUACCAGUAGUCACUAAAUGCAAAACCGAAGAACAGAAAAAUCCCAGAAAAGCUUUCUCCCAAGAAAGAAGCUCCCACUCAAACUCUCACACCCUCCUCUCUCCCACCCCCUCUCCCCCACCUCUCAGCCCCAAAGCCUCCCACUCAGACCUCCAAAUUUCCUCCAUCCCUAAAUCUCCCUAAAAUCUUCCUUUAAAAACACCCUGAAAAUUUCUUUUUUCC